AUGGAUAGAGAUGAUGAGCCACCAGCACACUCAGUAGAAGCUGUUGCACAAUGGCCUGAUGACCCCUCUAAUGAGAAGCUGGAUAGAGAUGAUGAGCCACUAGAAGACUCAGUAGAAACUAUUGCACAAUGGCUUGAUGAGCCCUCUAUUGAGAAGUUGGAUACAGACGAUGAGCCACCAGCAGACUCAGUAGAAACUAUUGCACAAUGGCUUGAUGAGCCCUCUAUUGAGAAGUUGGAUAGAGAUGAUGAGCCACCAGCACACUCAGUAGAAGCUAUUGCAGAAUGGCCUGAUGACCCCUCUAAUGAGAAGUUGGAUAGAGAUGAUGAGCCACCAGAAGACUCAGUAGAAACUAUUGCACAAUGGCCUGAUGAGCCCUCUCAUGAGAAGUUGGAUACAGACGAUGAGCCACCAGCAGACUCAGUAGAAACUAUUGCACAAUGGCUUGAUGAGCCCUCUAUUGAGAAGUUCGAUAGAGAUGAUGAGCCACCAGCAGACUCAGUAGAAACUAUUGCACAAUGGCUUGAUGAGCCCUCUAUUGAGAAGUUGGAUAGAGAUGAUGAGCCACCAGCACACUCAGUAGAAGCUAUUGCAGAAUGGCCUGAUGACCCCUCUAAUGAGAAGUUGGAUAGAGAUGAUGGGCCACCAGAAGACUCAGUAGAAACUAUUGCACAAUGGCCUGAUGAGCCCUCUCAUGAGAAGUUGGAUACAGACGAUGAGCCACCAGCACACUCAUUGGAUAAAGAUGAUGAGCCACCAGCAGACUCAGUAGAAACUAUUGCAGAAUGGCCUGAUGAGCCCUCUAUUGAGAAGUUGGAUAGAGAUUAUGAGCCACCAGCACACUCAGUAGAAGCUAUUGCACAAUGGCUUGAUGAGCCCUCUAAUGAGAAGUUGGAUAGAGACGAUGAGCCACCAGCAGACUCAGUAGAAACUAUUGCAGAAUGGCCUGAUGAGCCCUCUAUUGAGAAGUUGGAUAGAGAUGAUGAGCCACCAGCACACUCAGUAGAAGCUAUUGCACAAUGGCUUGAUGAGCCCUCUAAUGAGAAGUUGGAUACAGACGAUGAGCCACCAGCAGACUCAGUAGAAACUAUUGCACAAUGGCCUGAUGAGCCCUCUAAUGAGAAGUUGGAUACAGACGAUGAGCCACCAGCAGACUCAGUAGAAACUAUUGCACAAUGGCUUGAUGAGCCCUCUAUUGAGGAGUUGGAUAGAGAUGAUGAGCCACCAGCACACUCAGUAGAAGCUAUUGCAGAAUGGCCUGAUGACCCCUCUAAUGAGAAGUUGGAUAGAGAUGAUGAGCUACCAGAAGACUCAGUAGAAACUAUUGCACAAUGGCCUGAUGAGCCCUCUCAUGAGAAGUUGGAUACAGACGAUGAGCCACCAGCAGACUCAGUAGAAACUAUUGCACAAUGGCUUGAUGAGCCCUCUAUUGAGAAGUUGGAUAGAGAUGAUGAGCCACCAGCAGACUCAGUAGAAACUAUUGCACAAUGGCUUGAUGAGCCCUCUAUUGAGAAGUUGGAUAGAGAUGAUGAGCCACCAGCACACUCAGUAGAAGCUAUUGCAGAAUGGCCUGAUGACCCCUCUAAUGAGAAGUUGGAUAGAGAUGAUGAGCCACCAGAACACUCAUUGGAUAAAGAUGAUGAGCCACCAGCAGACUCAGUAGAAACUAUUGCAGAAUGGCCUGAUGAGCCCUCUAAUGAGAAAAUGGAUAGAGAUGAUGAGCCACCAGCACACUCAGUAGAAGCUAUUGCAAAAUGGCCUGAUGAGCCCUCUAAUGAGAAGUUGGAUAGAGAUGAUGAGCCACCAGCAGACUCAGUAGAAACUAUUGCACAAUGGCUUGAUGAGCCUUCUAUUGAGAAGUUGGAUAGAGAUGAUGAGCCACCAGCACACUCUGUAGAAACUAUUGCACAAUGGCCUGAUGAGCCCUCUAAUGAGAAGUUGGAUACAGACGAUGAGCCACCAGCACACUCAUUGGAUAAAGAUGAUGAGCCACCAGCAGACUCAGUAGAAACUAUUGCAGAAUGGCCUGAUGAGCCCUCUAAUGAGAAGUUGGAUACAGACGAUGAGCCACCAGCAGACUCAGUAGAAACUAUUGCACAAUGGCUUGAUGAGCCCUCUAUUGAGAAGUUGGAUAGAGAUGAUGAGCCACCAGCACACUCAGUAGAAGCUAUUGCAGAAUGGCCUGAUGACCCCUCUAAUGAGAAGUUGGAUAGAGAUGAUGAGCCACCAGAAGACUCAGUAGAAACUAUUGCACAAUGGCCUGAUGAGCCCUCUCAUGACAAGUUGGAUACAGACGAUGAGCCACCAGCAGACUCAGUAGAAACUAUUGCACAAUGGCUUGAUGAGCCUUCUAUUGAGAAGUUGGAUAGAGAUGAUGAGCCACCAGCACACUCUGUAGAAACUAUUGCACAAUGGCCUGAUGAGCCCUCUAAUGACAAGUUGGAUACAGACGAUGAGCCACCAGCACACUCAGUUGAAACUAUUGCAGAAUGGCCUGAUGAGCCCUCUAAUGAGAAGUUGGAUACAGACGAUGAGCCACCAGCGGACUCAGUAGAAACUAUUGCACAAUGGCUUGAUGAGCCCUCUAUUGAGAAGUUGGAUAGAGAUGAUGAGCCACCAGCACACUCAGUAGAAGCUAUUGCAGAAUGGCCUGAUGAGCCCUCUAAUGAGAAGUUGGAUAGAGAUGAUGAGCCACCAGAAGACUCUGUAGAAACUAUUGCACAAUGGCCUGAUGAGCCCUCUAAUGAGAAGUUGGAUACAGACGAUGAGCCACCAGCAGACUCAGUAGAAACUAUUGCACAAUGGCUUGAUGAGCCUUCUAUUGAGAAGUUGGAUAGAGAUGAUGAGCCACCAGCACACUCUGUAGAAACUAUUGCACAAUGGCCUGAUGAGCCCUCUAAUGAGAAGUUGGAUACAGACGAUGAGCCACCAGCACACUCAUUGGAUAAAGCUGAUGAGCCACCAGCAGACUCAGUAGAAACUAUUGCAGAAUGGCCUGAUGAGCCCUCUAAUGAGAAGUUGGAUACAGACGAUGAGCCACCAGCAGACUCAGUAGAAACUAUUGCACAAUGGCUUGAUGAGCCCUCUAUUGAGAAGUUGGAUAGAGAUGAUGAGCCACCAGCACACUCAGUAGAAGCUAUUGCAGAAUGGCCUGAUGACCCCUCUAAUGAGAAGUUGGAUAGAGAUGAUGAGCCACCAGAAGACUCAGUAGAAACUAUUGCACAAUGGCCUGAUGAGCCCUCUCAUGAGAAGUUGGAUACAGACGAUGAGCCACCAGCACACUCAGUUGAAACUAUUGCAGAAUGGCCUGAUGAGCCCUCUAAUGAGAAAUUAGAAUGA